GAGUCUCAAGAACCUCAACAGAAUGGCCCAUUUGUGAGUCCCUUCUCUCCUCUCCCAGGUCCUCCCCCACUUCAGCUCUCACAACUAGGGCUCCAGCAUCUUUGGGGGAGGGGCUAUCACAAAGUGUUACAGGUUCAAAGGUUGUCUGUUCAUGCAAACUGGUCUAACAGUCACAAAUUCUCAACCACUUAAAGGAAGUUCUGGAAAUUCCCCGUUUUCUUUUUAAGGUGGGAGGAAGCCAAUUUUUUUUUUUUUUUACAAGUAUGAAGUUUAAAGGAACCGAGGGAGAGAGAGACAAGGACUUCUGAUGAGAGGCGACCCCACCCAAGACAGCUGGAAGCCUUAACUGCUGGACUGCAGCAGUGCCUGGGGGCAGGGAUGGAUGAGAAGUCCGUGCUUCGCCCACCUAGAGCCUCCUAUAGGAACAGAUGAAACCUACCAACAAGGCUGUCUAGAAGGCAAACUGCAGGAUCUAGGACCUGGGGGAACCGGUAUCCACACCCACACCGCUGGACCCUUUCCUGUGUGUUAAGACCCAGUAACUCAACUUUCUCCGCAGCCCAGCAGAAUUGAGAAGCUGAAGCCACUGGGAUAGAAUUCAUCUGGUCAAUCUACGGCAGGGCAGAGAGAAGGUUCAGAGGAAGGACUUAGUGCGCGCUCCCUGUCCUCUGCGAUCCCAAAGAGGGUCUUCAUCCUUGUCCGUGAACUCUUUCUUGGACCCACUCCAGAUGUGAUGCUCCCCAACCCUUCCCAAACAGCAAGGCCCAGAAAUCGCUUUUGCUCUCCUGGAUGCCAGCCCACAGUCCCCUCCCCAGGAGAAGGCCAAGCCAGGCCAGGCAGGAAUACUGGCUUUCAGGAGUGCCAGCUUGCAGGCGAGCUUGGGACUCCUGGAAGUCUCAGGCCACCGGGUCUCCCGCUUUGCUCGUCCUUGGCGACCUGGGCUCCCGGACCUGCAACUCAGGCGGCAGUAGGCCGGGUCACGAGGAAGAGAGCUUCAGAUCGGCCCACGCGGGGCUGGGGCUGGGGCUGGGGUGGGGCUCAGUGGCUCCGGCUCCCCUGUGCUCCCCGCCCCCGCCGGCCAGCUCGCCCUUGCUCUGCCGGCGCGCGUUCCUCGGGCGCCACCUCUUUGCGACUAGCUCAUUUCUCAGCAGGUUGGCCCCAGAGCGUGUGAACCUUUUUGGUUUGGGCUCGCAGCUCCUCUCCAACCUGCGCCGCCCCAGCUGGGCCGCUCCGCCCCACCGCCGGAACCCGCCCUCGCGGCCACCUGGCCCUCGCAUCCACGACACGCGCGCCUGCAACUUGUUCAAGGGCGUUGUGGAAUCAACUUUCCGGAAGCAACCAGCCCACCGGAGGAGAGGAAGCUCUCCGGUUGCUUUUUCCCCUCUCGGGUCCCUUUUUGCCUGUGUGGUUUGGGAGAGGCACAGUUGGAGGCGCUGAUUCCUACAGA